AUGCGACUAGGGAUACAAGAUAAGUUACUACACGCGCAUCAAACUGAAAUUCUCCCUCAUCCCGAGGUAGGUACCGUCCCGUCAAGCGUGGCUAAUCAAGGCACCAAAAGGAAAAUGAGCAGCUCGGAGGAGGUAUCAUGGAUUUCAUGGUUCUGCGGGCUGCGAGGUAACGAGUUCUUUUGCGAGGUGGAUGAAGAUUAUAUAAAUGAUAAAUUUAACUUAACGGGGCUCAAUGAACAAGUACCACACUACAGACAGGCCCUGGACAUGAUUCUAGAUUUAGAGCCUGAUGAUGACCUCGAUGAUAAUCCAAACCAAUCCGAUUUAGUUGAGCAAGCAUCUGAGAUACUCUAUGGGUUGAUACAUGCUCGCUAUAUAUUAACAAAUAGAGGCAUUGGGCAAAUGCUAGAGAAAUUUCAAGCAGGAGAUUUUGGUCACUGUCCAAGAGUCUACUGUGAAUGUCAACCAAUGCUCCCACUCGGACUAUCAGAUGUUCCUGGUGAAGCUAUGGUAAAACUCUAUUGUCCUCGAUGUAUGGACGUGUACACGCCGAAAUCUUCACGACACCAUCACACCGACGGCGCAUACUUUGGAACUGGAUUUCCACACAUGGUUUUCAUGGUGCAUCCUGAGUACCGACCAAAUCGCCCUGCCUCACAAUUUGUACCUAGAUUGUAUGGGUUCAAGAUCCACCCACUCGCUUACCAGAUUCAACAACAGGCAGCUGGUAACUUCAAGCCACCGCUUCGGAAUCUCGCGUAUAACAACGAGACGAAGACCUCAAGUAACAUUCCAAAAUGA